AUGAGGGCUAACGCUUCUGCAGCCAACUUCGGUGGGCAUGCUAAUGACAAGUUCUGCAAAGUCAAAAGUUCGCUUCUUGGAAGUGAGGCUUUGUCAAAGCUCUUUGACAUUCGUCGUGGGUCCCGAUCUACGAUAGAAGCGCCUGUUACCUUUACACUAUCUUGGCUAAUAAAGAAAGUCAAAUAUCUACUGUUAGCUGGGAUGGUGCCCUGGUAUACUACCGGGAACUGCUGUGAAACCAUGGAUCGCUCUAACUACAACCGGCUUAACUGCUUAGGGAAGCUGAUACGAUUUCUGAGUCGAAAGAACAACGACCAUAUACGAGAAGGCAUCGAGGAGAUCCUGAAGGAGAUACUCGUUAGGGCAAAGGAUGCAAUAGUUUUCAAAGUCCCAACAGUUACCAUCUUUGGUGCGUUAAGCGGAAGAGGGGGUACAAAUCCACUUGAUAUUAAUGACUUGUCAUGUCUAAAUCACAUUAGUACAAAACUAUUAAAGAAUUUGAAAAAGAAAUAUGCUAUUUUAGAAAAAGAAAAUCGUGCUCUUUCUCUGAAAUUAGUUCAGCUGGAACAGGAAAGAGAACAGGAAAGAGGUAGAAUAGCCCAGCAGAGAGUAGAAUCACGAAAGAAGACCCUUACAUUAGCAUUAGAAGAUAAGAAUACAUUAGAGCAAAAGAAUGCUAAUGCUAAAAGGGAUGAAGAGGAAAGCUUUCACGCGUCAUUCAUGGUGGUCAAACCUCAUGACGACGUCGAGAAUCUUAUUCCUCCUCAAAUGGCACCAAAGAUGUUUGCAUGCAUUUAUGAUAAUGGUGACAUGAUUCCUAACCCAGAAAAUGGUGUUUUGUUUAAGUCUGACACCUGUAUCAUGGUUCAUCUUCAUAGAGAUUUCACAUUUUCACAAUUAAUAGAGAUAGUAUUGCAACGGGCUCAGAGAGAUCCAACCAAUCCACCUCCUGUCCUCCAUUUCAGAUUUCCAACACAAAUUUGUGGUAGACAUGCGACUUACAUAACAACAAAGAUUGAAGAUGACAAUGACUUGGAUGGAGCCAUGGACAUCACAGAGGCCAACCCAACUUUGAGAUCCUUGGAAAUUUGCACGACUUACAACACAGGUCAUAACUGA